UGUAUCCGCAUGUUGAUAUUUGAAAUUGUAAAAAAGGUCUGUGAAAGUUCACUGGUCUAUUUCAGCACUGUCAUCUGAAUGAUUUGGCUGUUGCUGGACCUUCAGAUAACAUGUAUGGCCCUCCAGUGGAUCUGUCGUUUAAAGACAUCAGCCAUGUUACAGGUGCGUUGGCAGAAAUGCCCCGAAGUGGCCUGCGGCCUUUAAACACAAACUCAAAGGGGAAGUACCUGAGCUGCUCCAUGCGUCUCAGCAACAACAGCAUCACUGACCUCACUGGCCUCCAGUACAUUCUUAGCCACUUUUUGGCUCAACCGUUGAAGCUGGGCUGGCUGGACCUGUCCUUCAACAAAAUCACAUGCAUAGACCGGGGUUUUUGUGAGCUGCGUGAACUGCGUGUGUUGUACCUUCAUGGCAAUUGCAUCUGGAACCUGUCAGAGGUAGACAAGCUGGGAGAGCUGCAGUAUCUACACACCAUCACCCUACACGGAAAUGCCAUAGAAACCCACAAAAGCUACAGGAGUCAUGUGAUUUCCGCCGUGCCUCAGUUGAAGACAAUGGAUUUCAGUGCCGUGACACGUGAGGAGCGGGUCUUGGCAAAUGUUAAGCACCACUGCACCAACCGUGGUAAAAACACCACAGAGAAUGUCCCAUGACUGUUUACCAAGUCAUUUAUUUGAUUCAUCAAUGUUUAACCCACUGUCACAGCUUUGAAAUGAAAUGUUUCCUAUCCCGAAAAUAUAAUAUUCAUCGUUUUUGA